AUGAUCCAGGGACCAAUCCAGGGAGGCGAUGUUCAGCUCCGUCCAAUGGGAGCCGCCGCUGUUCGCUGUGCGGUGGGCCGGGCUGAUUGUUUCAGCUGCUUGGGGCUGAUUUCACUCAGCGAACAUCCACGUUGUGGAUUAAAAAAAACACAUUUCAUUUCGCCUGGUAGUGUGAGGGAGAGGAUGGGAGGAAACAGCCCGAGUCACCUCUCUCAGGAGGAUGAAGGCGGAGGAAUCACUUUUGUGAAGGGCAUUCGGCUUUCAGACAAAGUCAUUGACAGGAUGAAACAGUCUCCAAAGGUCGUCUAUCAUCAUCCUACACCUCAGUCUCCAACACCAAUGGCCACCCCAGUCCCCGCCCCUCCUGUGGAGAACCUCUUACCUCUGCUGACACCUUCUCCUUGUCCGUUCAUCCCGACACCUCCACCUUCUCCUCCUCAGGAAGCCCCAUCCGCACCUCCAUCAGUGGAGGCUGCUCCUCCUGUAAAGCUCAUCCCUCCCCCUCCUGUGAAGUUCCACUCCCUUCCUCCCACCUCUGUGGAGCCUGCAGCGCCUCCUCCGCCUCUAGCUGACCCCAUCGUCUCAGCUCCACCUCCGUCUCCACACAUUGAAACCCGUGUGGAGCCUGAACGUGUUCCUUCACCUGUCGUUCCAAUAGUUCUACCUCCUGUUGAAUCCUUUUUACCACCACAGAUAGAGCCAGAGACCCCAACUGCACCCCGCAUAGCAGAAGAAAUUAACAAACCUGUCAUCCUCCCUCCACCUGUAGAGCCAUCUCCACCAUCUAUGGCUCCAUCUCUUCCCUGUGAACCCGUGCAUCCAACACCUCCAGCUUCGAUUACACCUGCUGCUGAAUCUGUUGAACCUCUUCAAUCUGCUGCACCGGUGCAAACAGUUCCACCUCUUGAACCUGUAGUGGCUCCAUGUGAACUGCACCCUCCAUCUCCUCCUCCUCCAGAGCCCAUUGCAGCGCCCCCUCCUCCUCCAGAGCCCAUUGCAGUGCCCCCUACUCCUCCAGAGCCCGUUGCAGCGCCCCCUCCUCCUCCAGAGCCCGUUGCAGUGCCCCAACUUCCUCCAGAGCCAGUUGCAGCGCCCCCUCCUCCUCCAGAGCUCGUUGCAGCGCCCCCUCCUCCUCCAGAGCUCGUUGCAGCGCCCCCUCUUCCUCCAGAGCCCGUUGCAGCGCCCCCUCCUCCUCCAGAGCCCGUUGCAGCGCCCCCUCCUCCUCCAGAGCCCGUUGCAGCGCCCCCUCCUCCUCCAGAGCCCGUUGCAGCGCCCCCUCCUCCUCCAGAGCUGUCAUAUGAAGACACCUGCUCACCUUGUCAGUGUGUGGAGCUGGCCAUUGCACCCACUGACACACCUGUACAUAUACCCCUUACAGAGCCUCCUGCUCCACCUGCUGAGGAGCCCACCACCACCACCACUACCACCACCACCACCAUGACCUCUCUGCCCCCUGUUCUUGAAGAUGAACUGCCUGUUAUCACCACAACUCCACCACCACCUACUGCAGCCGCGCCCGUUUCUGUCGAAGCGCUGGAGGAAGAACUGAGGCGCAAGAUCAAAGCGGAGAUGCAGAAAAGUCUGGAGGAGGAGAUCAGUCAGAGGAGGCAGGAGCUGCAGCAACAGCUGGAUGAGCUGAGGGCCCAGGCUGAGGCGGAGGCUCAGGCAGAAACUCGGGCUCUGGUGGAGGAGCAGGUGAAGAAGAUUCUGGAGGCGGAGAAGACGGCGAACAUGGAGAAGCUGACAGACGCCAUCAUGAAAGAGCGAGAGAAGACGGCAGAUGAGAGGCUCGUCAUACAGCUUUAUAGGAUGGAGCAGAAGGCUCAUCAGCUGGAGCUGAAAGAGAAAGAGCUGAAAAGACGAGACGCUCUCUACAAGGAACAUGUGGCAAAAAUGGAAGCAAGGUGUACAAACUUUUACAAAGUGUCUGCUGAGACUUUCCAGAAGGCCAAAGAAGAGACUCACAACCGUUUUGCGCGUUACAACAUUCAGCCAUUGUGCGGAGACUUGCAGAGUCAGAUAUUAAAAUGCUACAAGGAGAACCCAGGACAGACUCUGUCCUGCUCUCGUAUCGCCUCGGCCUACAUGCAGUGUGUGGACGACGCCAAGAAAAAUAAACUGAGCCCUGGAGGUUAAUGUGGACCACUAGAUGCAGACAACUGGCUUUACUGCUACAGCAAAUAAAACAUGAUGGACAGAAAUCCAUUCACAGACAUGAUGAGGACGUCGCCUGCAGACUGACUUGUCUGGUGUAACACUUCAUUAUCACGAACACAAACCCUCAAGAAAGACGCACUCAAAAUGUUCAAGUUCCCGCUCUUGAAGUCAUAAUGAAAUAAAAUGUGCCAACAGUAAAUUGUCUUCAGAAAUGAAAGGAGACGCAUUAAAUAAGUGGAAUAUUUAAGGGACUUUGACUGCGGUGUGGGAUGAGGUUAAGUUUUGUUAAGUUAUAAUGUAAUGCCGAUUUAGUCCUUAUACGUGUGCCUUGAAGUUAGAAAGACUCAUUUUGAGAGUGCAAACGCAUGGAAGAAUAUUAAGUGAGUAGAGUGCAAUGUAACAGAGAUCUGUACAAAAAAAAUAAAAAAACAAUAUGUAUCCACAUA